AUGAGCUUAGAUGACUCAGACAAUAACAGCACCGCCGACUAUCCCAGCUCGUCAGAAGGCGAAAAUCUAUUCGACGACUUAGAAAGCUUCACAGAAUUUGCCAGCCGUGAGCGACGAGAGUACCCAUACGGCACAUUCAACGGCACUAAUACCGAUUUACCGUGGCGAAAUAACCUCGACUGGUCACAAUCCAACGUGUGUGACUGGGCUCAUAUUGCGGUCGUAACUAUAUUCCUCGCUGGGUUCCUGGCGUUGUGGUUUUGGAGUAUCUAUUUGGGCGAGGGGGGUAUUUGUCGGUAA